AUGUUGAUUGGGCAGAGCAACAAGACCAGAAAGCUUCUCCUCAAAAUUCUCUGCUUCUCUUCUCAAAAUUCAAUCUUUUCUCACUCCAUAGCCUGUUCAUAUAUCCAGAGGCAGAGCUAUGUUAAUGUGUACAUGAAAUGGAAGCAAGAUUUCUACUUGGAUUCAAUUGAGUCCGUUCACAAAUCCAUUGAACUGCAGCCCAUAAUCGCCCUCAAGAACUACAUAGUUUCUGCUUCACCUGAAGAGCAUUCCAUCCCCAUUUCUGACGUUUCCAAGAAGGGUUUACGUUUUGGGGUGCGCACUAAGGUUGCCAGGUUCUUGAGGCAAUACCCUUCUGUUUUCGAGGAGUUUACUGGCCCCAAGCACAAUCUUCCAUGGUUCAGGCUGACCCAGAGAGCCAUUCAGCUUGAUAAGGAGGAGAGAGAGGUUUAUAGAGCUUUUAAGGAUGACCUUCUGUUAAGGUUGAAGAAGUUGGUUUUGAUGAGUUGUGUUAGUUUUGGUGAUAAAAAGGUCCUGCCUUUGAAGAUCAUUCAGGGUAUGCAGUGGUAUUUGGGAUUUCCUGAUGAUUUCUUGACAGACCCUGAAAAUAAUCUUCCCAAAUCUUUUGAAAUUGUGGAAAUGGGGGAUGGUCUUAAAGGACUGGCUCUCAACAAUGAAGGGAAUGAAAAGGUGUUGUCUGUGAUGCAGAGGAAUGCAAUGAAAAGAGGAGUGUAUGAUGGUGGGGUGAAUGAAACCAUUGCAUUUCCCACAUUUCCAUCCAAGGGAUUGAGGUUGAGGAGAAAGAUUAUAGAUUGGUAUGAUGAGUUUCAGAAGCUUCCUUAUGUUUCACCUUAUGAAAACUGUUCAGCUAUAAGGCCUGAUAGCGAAACGGCAGAGAAACGGGUGGUGGGCUUGCUUCAUGAGUUGCUUAGCUUGUUUGUGGAGCAUGCUGCUGAAAGGAAAAAGCUUUUGUGUCUCAGGAAGUACUUGGGGUUGCCACAAAAAGUGCACAAGGCAUUUGAGAGGCACCCUCACAGUUUCUAUCUAUCUUUGAAGAACAAGACCUGCACUGCAAUAUUAAAGGAGGCUUAUUGUGACAAAGGUGCAAUUGAAGUGCAUCCUCUAGCAAAGGUGAGGAAAAAGUACAUCAAUUUGGUGAAGGAAUCGGCUUUUAUUUUGAAAAGUAGAAGGUUUAACAAUAGGCCACGCGAUCAGGGAAAUAUGAAUGUAAAGGACUUAGAUUGUACAGAGGAUGUGAAUGAGAAGACUGGAAUUGAAGCUGCUUAACUAAUGCUUUUCAAGAUGAAAGUUGUGUGUUUCUAGAAGUGGCUAAAUGGAACUUGAGCCAAAGUGACCUAGCAGAACUUGAAGGCUAUACAGAUACAUUGAAUGUAGCCAUUCACGCCAUUGGUGAUAGAACCAAUGACUUAAUCUUGAAUAUGUAUGCUUCAGUAGCUUCUGAGAAUCAAAUGAAGGAUCAUAUUGACGAUUUAGGAUCGAACAUGCUCAACAUUUGGCCCCCGGCCUGGACUGUUGCACGGUUUGGUGAACAAGCAGUUGUUGCUUCAGUGCAGGUUCCUCUUUAAUUGCGUCAUCUGUAUACAUACAUUAUUCCUAUUGUGCAUAAUUUGCAGAAUUUUGGAAAGGUAAUUAAGACUGAAUUCCAAUCGACUUAAGCCAGAUCACUUAUUGGAUGAUGUAAUUAAGAAACUUGGGUUGAAGAUAGCAGAGGGAGGAUCCUAUCUAUUCAAUUCAAGUCGCUCCUCGCUAACAAUGCACAACUAGCGUUUGGCUCUGAUCGGUCAGGCCAGUAUGAAUCAUCUCAUACCUACAAACUGAUAUUUUCAUAAUUCCAUUGUAGUUCAUCAAGUUUCUGCUCGAGGGUUGCCAGGCCUUUCUGUUUAUCUUGUUUUAGGUAGCAGAUAUUAAUCCAUUGAGAAGCAUAGCGACAGCAAUGAAAAGAAUGCCUCCCAGUCAACUGGAAACAGUUUGUUCAUAUUUGUUAUUAGGCAAAAGAUUCUGAUGAUUUCUUAAAUUGACAGUCAUUUACUUGAGAUAAAAUACUGAGAUAGAAAGUAGAUUCCGAGAGUUUUGAGGCAAGGUUUUUUUGAAUCUGCUUCUUCUUUUCUUUUUUGAAAUACUCAUGGUUCUUCAUUAGAUAGAAACCUUAAAACUCUGCUCAGAUAAA